UGUCACACUUGAUGCAUGUCAGAAAUUAGAGAAGUCAAGACACUUCUUUCAGAAAUGACUAGCCGUGGUAGGAACACAGCAGUCUUCUGUUGUUGUCUCAGCCUACACCAUGUUUCCUUAUUUAACUGGAAUUUGGAUUUUACAGCUGGUGUUCACAGGUUUCUUGGCAGCAGGUGUUCAGACUCCCAUUAAAGGAAAAGUGGGUCAAAACAUCACUUUACCAUGUCAUUAUUCCACUAAUCAACAUGGUAUAACAACUAUAUGUUGGGGACAAGGGAAAUGUCCUUACUCUUUCUGUUCCAAGACCAUUGUCCAUACCGAUGCACAGCUGAAAAUACACGGGACGUCCAGCAGAUACCUUCUACUGGGAGACAUUCAUCAAGGAGAUGUGUCUCUAACCAUUGUGAACACAACUGAAAAAGAUUCAGGAACUUACUGUUGCCGCGUGGAGAUAUCAGGCUGGUUCAAUGAUAAGAAAACAAAUGUUGAAGUUGUCAUCGAGAAGGGGAACUCAGAGACAACCUCAUCUGCAGCACCAGUUUCAUCAACUCCAGCCCUGAUAGACUUCAGUGAAUCUUAUUUUAUUUUGGAACCAAGAUGGAUGCCUAGUACAGCAUCUCAGCCAGAUAAUGUUUCUUUCUAUUUCUCCACACGGAUGAAACAUGAGAGGAAAGAAGAACCUUCCUGGACAAGCCUGUUUGUUGGCUGUGGAGUAUGUGCGGUAUUAUUAGUAAUUGUGACUCUGCUGCUACUAAAGUGGCAUCUACACAAGAAGCAAAAGAUGAACAAUGCUACAAGUCAGAUAGUGUUCUCAAAUUCAGAGGUUGGAGGGAUUCACCAUGUUCUGGAUGCUGGUGUUCAUGCACCUGAAAACUUUUAUGAAUUCAGCUCGGGCACCAUAUCUCAAAACGUAGUAAGAGGUGUGGUGGGCCAGGCUGUCCUGUUGCCAUGCUGGUACAAUGUCCAACAGGCAGGCGGCCUUACCCACAUGUGCUGGGGUCGAGGCAGCUGCCCAAAUUCGAAAUGCAGUCAGGAAAUUCUCCGUACAGAUGGAAGGUGGGUUGUAUCAAGAAGUUCAUCAAGGUAUGAUCUAAAGGCUGGUGUGACUAAUGGAGAUGUAUCGUUGACCAUUGCAAAUCUAAAUGAGAGAGACGGAGGACUGUACUGCUGUCGUAUUGAAAUAAGAGGCUGGUUCAAUGACAUAAAAAAGACUUUGAAUCUACAGGUUGAGAGAGCGACAACCACAGUGCCCACCACAACUAUCACAACCAGUACAACUACCACAGCCACUACAACCACGACCACCACAGCCACUACAACACAGAUGGUCACCACCAUAAUAACCACUGCUCGCUUCCCAACCACAGUUACUCAUUCAACAUCUUCCUUUCCUCUCUUAACAACUAACCCACAUUCUCCAAAAACCUCUACUGCUACUAGUGGUCCAACAACAGCCACAUCUUCUAUAUCAAAAGCUAUUGGUUUUCCUGCAACUAUUCUUCCUUUAGUGAACACUGAAACAUUGUCAACUACUCUUCAGGAUAAGUCAACUAAAAGUGUCUGUCCUUUUUUCACCAUGGAGAUGGCUUCUUCUGCUACAGUGGCUACAUCUAGCCAAACUGGACGGACAGUGUCAGAGAUGACUGAAAACCUUGAAAAUAGUGCCAACUCAGCACCCGCUGUAACGUUUUUGGAUUUAUCAAAGAAGUAUUAUCCAGUGCUAAUUGCUUGCAUUCUUGUGCUCGGUGGUCUCUUCGUGAUGGCUAUAAUACAGCUAGUGAAAUGUAAAAAGAUGAGAAAAUAUCAGUUGGACAAUAUGAAAAGCUUAAUCAAAGAGGAAGAACCUGAGCAAUCAUCUGCUGAAACAGAAAGAGAAAGUGUAAUUUUUCCUCUGUAACAAGUCACAUUUUUGUAACCAUUCAGCUACAAAUAUUAUGGAUUUCCCCCCUAAAGCAACAUUCCUUAAUGAUAUACAUUGGUAUAUAUUCUGAAAUUGUGCCAAACACUUAUUACUUACCUCUGUCAACUAACUGUUGUGCUCUGUCGCCAAUCUUUUGUUGGGUUUUAUUUUCUGCUUCUAAAAUGGCUUUUAAACAUUCUGGACAAAAAGUGCACACAUUUCACAUUGUGCACUGAGGAUAUUGCCAGGACAAAAUAUAGUUGUCAAAAAGGCCAGCCCUACCUUUAGGCAGGCUGUGUCAGUUACCAAAGGCGGACUUGGGAUGUCAUUUUGUUAAAUAAAAAAGACACACAAUUGUUUGUUCAUUUACAUGCAUUUUUUACUACCGAGAUGGGAGAGAAAGUUGUCAGAUUUGGUGUCUCAUGUUGUAAAAUAACCCAUCUGAGUCCUGAGUUUGAGGGUGGAGGCAUUCUGUUGUACCUCAGGCAGUGAAAUGUAUUGGGCUACUUUGGCCAGAAACAGUAUUUCUGGUGAUACUUUUUACAUUUCCAACAGUUGUGGUAGCAAUGACAUGAAUCAAAGCCCAGCGAGGUGCACAUGUUGACAUAUUUCCUAUUAUGUGGAUAGUUACACUGGUAAUUCAGCAGACUGAGAUGUUAAGGGGUUAAACCGCAUAUUGGUAAACUACUUAGCCAUUAUGUUCUUCCCCAAAUUCUGAGCUAUGUAAAUCCCAAUGUGUAAAUCCUGCUCUGGGUAAUAACUUGACAUUGUGCUAGCGAUUAAUCUCUAGUGCAGAAUGGUGGCAUAAAUGCUUAAAGUGCAGUCCAUAGCAAUAAUGAUUUUAGAACAAUAUAAUGAUGAAACUUGUACCUGGUGCAAUUCAUGUCCCAGAAGUAUAGAAGAGAAGCAGCUAAACUCCCCUGGGUAUUUCUUCAUUUCUGCUUUACUUUUUAUAUAUCCUCUUCCACUUCUUCUGAGGCUGGAAUUUUUAUAGCUCAUAUACAAUGUUUGCACUUUUGAAGAUUUUUUUAAAAAAAUAUCCCCCAACCAACAAAUCUUGCAUCUCUGAACUUCUAAGCCCCACUAGGGAAUUGUCACUCUAUCAAACACAAUCGCAUGCAGGUGAUUG